GUUUUAAAGCUCACAAAGCGUAAGUGUACGAUGUGGGGAUUGAUUUUCCAAGGAGAUGGAUGUGGGAGCACCCGACCUCAUCACCGCCCUCCCGGAUGAUAUGCUUGUCGAGAUCCUCGUCCGCCUCCGCUGCCCCCGCGCCGCCGCGCGCACCGGCGGCCUCUCCCGCUCGUGGCGCGGUCUCUGGACCCGCCUCCCCAUCCACGUCUUCCGCGGCGUCGCGCUCGGCUCCGUCCAAGCGGCGCUCGCUUCGAUCAAAGCCGAGGGCGGCCCCGGCGCGAGCGUGACGCUCCUCGACAUCUCCGUUCCGGAGGCGUCCCUCUCCGAAUCGGAGUUGAGAGAGCGCGUCCCCAAGCUGCUGGACGCCGCCGCGGAGCUCUCGCCGGUGGAGUUCCGCCUCGCCGUCUGGGAAAACACGCCGUUCAAGUACGUCAAAGUGGUCGUGCCCCGCUUCCCACGCGCCACCUCGGUGGAGCUGCAAGGGCUGGAUCUCGCCUUCGCCGACCAGCCAUGCAGCUGGCAGGGGUUCCCGGCGCUGGAGAGGCUCUCCCUCACGAGCUGCCGCGCCGUCCUCACCAACCUGCUGCGCCGCUGUCCGCGGCUGCGCGUGUUGAGGCUCAGGGAUGAUCUUCUUGUCUGUCAACACACAAACAUCAUCAUCAAAUCCUCGUCGCUGCAGGAGCUGGAUGUGGAGAACAGGGUCCCCUUCCUGCACCGCAUCCACAUCCACGCACCUGCGCUCAAGCGAUUGGCCAUGUCCUUUGCCAGCAGCAACAACAUCAUUGUGUCGGUGUCCGUUUCGGCACCAGUGCUGGAGAAGGUCUCAUGGCGCUGCAGGUAUUCCACCGUGUCCACCGGGCUUGGUGUGUCUGUCGGCCUUGGCCCUUGGGGCCUCUUGUCUGUGAGAUUACAGACGGCAGAGACCAAUGGACAGGUUCAUCCUCACGUCCAUGUCCUGUCGCUGUUCGCGGCCGCCCAUACUUCAUAUAGAUUUUCAGAGGGGCUCAGCCUUACGACGGAGAUAGAGAGACAUAUGGUUACCCUUUUCUCUGUGCUGGAGCUACACGUCCAAACGUUGGGGCAUGUUUUUGGAGCAUUUGCAUUGCAUAUAUUUGACAUCGAACGGAUCCGCACUAAUACAGAAAGCCUUAAGGUCAUCCUGAUGAGAUCAGAGGGUCAAUAUGCAGCUGCCAUAGUGGUGCGCCGACAUGAUGAUCUUCAUUGUCAUGUUUACCAGUUCAGGGGCUCAUCGAAGAGAUCGUUCUAUCCCGUGUCGACCGACUCCACUAGCUAGCUGGUUUCAGGAUUUUGCUUGGUUGCUUCAUGUUAUUUUGCUAAUAAUGCAGUGUGGAAUUGUUCAUGGUGUCCAGUUCGUCAACUGAGUGCGACGAGUUGAUCACAUGGUUGUUGUCUGAAUUUCAUGUACUAUGAAAAGGUUUGUGACAUUCCCAUAUGAAACGGUUCUCAUCUUCUUGCUCAGGAAAUUGUGUCCUGAGAUCUUUGGUUUAUUUACAACAAGGAACAGUUAUUUGUAAAACUGGUUCUCCGACACUGAAUAUUACAUGAGUUAUGAACA